AUGACAUCAGGAAGACGAUCUCAAAGAUUAAUCGAAAAAGAAAUCAUUCAAAACUAUUCAGAAUUACCUUCAGAAAAUGAAACUAAUCAUCAAGAUUACAAUGAUGAAUUAGAUGCAGAUGGUGAAACAAACGAAGAAGAUCAAGAUCAAUCAAAUCAUCAACCAGUUCAAUCUACUUCAUCUUUCACUUGUACUUCUAAUAUAGAUCCUCAAUUAUUUAAUCAAACAGUCGAUCAUCCUACUUCAACAACUUCAACUUCCAUCAAACUUGAAUCAACAACUGACGAAUUGAGUUUGAUUAGAGUGGCUUUUAAUGAAUUUAGUAAAACCCUUUUACAAUUCUCUUUAGGUAAAAAUCAUAAAUAUCCUACUUUGAUCGAUCAUUAA